GCCAGAGCCACCACUAUUCUUGAGGAUGUAUGUGUGCCUUUCCCCACUGGUAAGGGGUUUCUUAAAAGGUUGUAGGCCUUUAAUAGGGGUGGAUGGAUGCCAUUUGAAGGGCUCCUACCCUGGUCAGAUUCUGGUGGCAGUGGGAAAGGAUGGGAACAACAACAUCUACCCCUUUGCAUGGGCUACUGUAGAGGUGGAGAACAAAGAAACUUGGUGCUGGUUCUUGGAGUGUUUGAAACAAAGUUUGGAUGACUUGGCAAUGGGAGGUGGCUUCACUUACAUGUCAGAUAGGCAGAAGGGCCUUCUUGAGGCAUUUGAGGAGGUGGUGCCCUUUGCUGAGAAGAGGUUUUGUGUGAGACACAUAUGGGCAAACUUCAAAUUACAGUUCACAGGGUCCACAUUCAAAGAGUUGUUUUGGAAUGCUGCUAGAGCUACAGUAUGGGUAUGCUCUGUUCUUUGUUUGUUUAUUAGUAUGGCAUUAGCUCAUUUUUUGUGGUAAAUCCAGAUGUGAUUAGUUUAUAAGCAUAACUUUGU